AUGCUGACAAUGAAUUUGGACCCCUCGCUGCAAGACAUGUUGAAGUUGAAACUCGUAUUCAAUGACCAUGAGGCGCAAUCAUGGUCUUUAAAGACCCAGAUCUACAUAGCACUAAGGUUUGGGAGCCAAAUCCGCAAGUCUGGACCAAUUCCAGCAGAGUAUGACACCGCAUACUUUAUCAAAGGGGCUAUACCUGGCGAGGGGGAAAAUGUGCGGGGGCGCUGUGGGGUCCCUGUCCCAUCGGCGGAAAACCAGCUGGUUACUUGCAAAUAUGAAGGGGGCAAGGCUUUGUCUGAUUCGCUUGAGUUGAUCAUCUUCGUCGGGCGGACCUAG